AUGUCUGAUAUCGAAAAAGCUGUGGAAACCCCAAAGGAUGUUCUGUAUGUCAGAGACACAGACGACUUGUCAAUCAUUUCCAAAGGAGGUGACAAUGAGGUGAAGAGAAACUUGAAGGCCAGACACAUUUCUAUGAUUGCUCUUGGAGGAACCAUUGGUACUGGUCUUUUCAUUUCUACCAAAAACGCUCUUCAAGCAGGUCCUGUUUUGGCCCUUAUUGCAUACCUUUUCAUUACCACUUUGGCUUGGGGUGUUACUCAGGCUUUGGGUGAAAUGGCCACUUUUAUCCCCGUGUCUGGAUCCUUUACACAGUUCUCUGCCCGUUUCUGUUCUCCAGCUUUGGGUGUCGCUAACGGAUGGAACUACUGGUUUUCUUGGGCUAUCACUUUUGCCCUUGAGAUUUCUGUUGUUGGCCAGGUUAUCCAGUACUGGACGCACAAGGUGCCUUUGGCUGCAUGGAUUACCAUUUUCUUCGUUUUAAUUACGAUUUCCAAUAUGUUUCCCGUCAAGUUCUACGGUGAAUUUGAAUUUUGGAUUGCCUCGGUCAAGAUCAUUGCUGUGGUUGGCUGGUUAAUUUACGCUCUUUGUAUGGUUUGCGGAGCUGGCAAGACUGGACCUGUUGGUUUUAGAUACUGGAGAAACCCUGGAGCUUGGGGUGACGGUGCCGGGUAUGUGCACAACAAGAACACUGACCGCUUUUUAGCCUGGUUGUCCUCAUUAAUCUCAGCUUUGUUCACAUUCCAAGGUGUUGAAUUGGUGGGUAUUUCUUGUGGUGAAUCUGCCAACCCAAGAAAGACAGUUCCAUCUGCCAUUAAGAAGGUGAUUUGGCGUAUCAUGAUCUUUUACGUCGGUUGUAUGUUCUUCAUGGGCUUGUUGAUUCCUUACAAUGACCCUAAAUUGACUGACGACUCUGCUUUUGCUGCCUCGUCACCAUUUAUUGUUGCCAUCAAAAACUCGGGUACCCCAGCCUUGGCUGAUAUUUUUAACGCUGUCAUUUUGAUUGCUAUUAUCUCUGCUGGUAAUUCUAACGUUUAUUCUGGCUCUAGAAUUUUAUACGGUUUGGCUCAAGCCGGUGCUGCUCCAAAAUUUUUCAUGAGAACAACCGUUCAUGGUAUUCCAUACAUUGCAGUUUUGUUCACCGCCGCCUUUGGAUCUUUAGGUUACAUGGUAUUGUCUAACAGUGGCAACACUGUUUUCAACUGGUUGUUGAACAUCACAGCUGUUUCUGGUUUGAUUGCAUGGGUCAACAUUUCCUUUUCUCAUAUGAGAUUUGUGCAAAUCUUGAAGUCUAGAGAUAUCAGCAGAGACUCUUUGCCAUACAAGGCCAAAUGGAUGCCAUACGUUUCAUAUUACUGUUUCUACUUUGGCUUCGCUCUUGUUUUUGUGCAAGGUUAUUCUUGUUUCUAUGGGAUCACUGCAUCAUCCUUCUUCACGGCAUACAUUUCGGUGAUCUUGUUUGCCUUCACUUGGAUUUGUGCUCACUUUUAUUUUAACGGUUUUACCAAGCAUGCAUUCUCUUGGAACUCGAUUUUGCUCCCAUUGGACGAAUGUGACAUCGACACUGGUGUGAGGGAAAUUGAAGAUGCGGUUUGGGAUGACGAAGCUCCAACUACUUUGUGGGGCAAGUUUUGGGCAUUUAUGUCUUAG